UUUUUCUUUUUUUUUUUUUCUCUUUUUUCUCGCCCCACUCAUCUUUGCUUGUGUUGCUGAUAUAUAUAUUUAAGCCAAAUUGCUCUUGAUCAUGUAAGUCUAGCUAGUAGAUAGUGAGUGUUGAGGUAGUGCCACUUACUUAGUUACAUUACAUUACGCACUUGGAGUAUCUAUAUACAUAUAUAAAAUAUGAAGGAGAACGGUGGAAGGAAACAAGGGGCAGCUUCCCCUUGUGCAGCAUGCAAGCUUCUACGGCGGAGAUGUGCUCAGGAUUGUGUGUUUGCUCCUUAUUUUCCGGCCGACGAGCCUCAGAAGUUUGCCAGUGUUCACAAGGUCUUUGGUGCUAGCAAUGUUAACAAGAUGUUGCAGGAGUUGCCAAUGCACCAACGAGGAGAUGCAGUGAGUUCCAUGGUAUAUGAGGCAAACGCAAGGGUACGUGAUCCAGUGUACGGAUGUGUAGGGGCAAUAUCAUCGUUGCAGCAACAAAUUGACCUUCUUCAGACCCAGUUGGCUCUUGCACAAGCUGAGGUGGUGCAUAUGCGAAUGCGCCACUUCUCAUAAUGCAGAGAGCGAGAGAGAGAGAGAGAGCAAGAUGAGUGGAGCAGUUCUGGUGGCUGUUGCUGCAGCAAUGGGUAACUUACUACAAGGAUGGGAUAAUGCUACUAUUGCUGGUAAUUUAUUCUUUCAUUUAUUUUUACUCUUUUUUAUUGUAUUGUUAUAUUAUGGAUCACAACUAAUAAAUUUUGUGCUUUUGAAUC